ACACUGAUUUGACAUUUCCAUAUGUCAUUAUUUGUCAAUUGAUGAAUCCUAAAAAAUAGCCGACAAACUCUAUAAUUAUAUUGAGAAAAUAAUAAAGAAGUAAUAAAUGCUAGCACUUUUUAUAAGUAAACAUGCAAAACGAAGUGGAAGUAACAUUACCUGCGUUAAAAUACUUAACGGGCGAAACAGAGCACGUUUGUAGGUUAUGUUUUGCUUCGACUGAAGGAGCAGUGAUAUCUUUAGAAGACACUACGAGGUUCCAAAGGCCGUAUAUUGAUGAAACUUUGACUUUUUCCGACAUGCUACAAGAAUUAGGGGUAACAUCAGAACUUGAGUUACCUCAAGAGCUGUGCUCAAAUUGUGCCUCAAUGACAAUGAACUCAUAUUUAUUUCGUAAACUUUGCCAACAUUCAAAUGACAGAUGGAACGAUGUAUUAAAUAAGUUUAACAAAACAUUAGACCAAUCUAACACAGUUGGACCAAAUGUACAAACAGUGUAUUUGAUGGUUCAUAAAAACGAAAAUUUUAUGUUUACAAGUAAGAAGAGUCACACAUUGAAAAGCAAAAAGACUGUGCUUGCAAAAAUAAAAGAUAUACUCAAAAGUAGAGAAACUUAUGUAAAAGUGCGGCAGAAAAGUUCGAACAUUAUAUGUGAGGAAUGUGGGGAGAGGUUCAAGUCCAACUGCCACCUUGUGAAACACAUGCGGGUGCACAGUGACACACGUUAUCCCUGCCCGCAAUGUACUAAAGUGUUCGCAUCACAACUCCAACUGGAAGAACAUGCUGAGAGAGUGCACUAUCCAAAGCGAAUACAAUGUCCCAAGUGUUCAAAAAUGUUCAGCACUAACAGAAUGCUCAAGCACCAUGACAAGUUGCAUCACAUUGCAGCUAUAUGCAAACUUUGUUUUGUUCAGUUCCCAUCCAAGAAGGAUCUGAGAGCUCACCUAGACAAACAUGACGUAAACAAGUGUGCUCGCUGCAACAAAUCAUUUGUUAAUAAACAUACAUAUAAAUAUCACUUGAAAAUAUGUGGCAAAAGUGAUGAACGACAACCUAGUUUCUUUUGUGACAUAUGUAAUAAAGGAUAUGCUAGGAAGAAUGGUUUACGAUCACAUUUAAAAAUUGAUCAUGGUUUUGGUAAUGUUCUAUCUUGUAACUGGUGUGGUAAAAAAUUUGAUGCAAUUAGUAGACUAAGAAAUCACAUUGUGAAACAUACCAAAGAGAGGAAUUAUCACUGUGAGCAUUGUGGCAAUAAAUUUGUAACACAGGCGGCUUUAGUCUAUCACAUACGACUGCAUACUGGCGAGAGGCCCUUUCCCUGUGACUUAUGUGGAGAGAGCUUCCUCUCAGCAUCAAGAAGGAUGGAGCAUAAAAGGCGGAAACAUUUUGGUCCCACUAAAGAAUGUCCAGUUUGCCAUGUUAAGUUUGUUACUGGACAUCAGCUCAGGAAACAUGUGCAAAGACAUUAUAAUCCUCAGAGCAAGUUGUUUGUGCCAGAAGCUAAUGUCAACCCAAAUGUAGAAGGACAAGAAUACUCCAAAAUCACAGAUUUAUUGGCAUUGUAGAUGUAUA